GUUCUGGAAUCCUCAACAUAAGAAGGAUAUGGAACUGUUGGAAUGGGUCCAGAGGAGGCUAUAAAGAUAAGAGGGCUGGAGCACCUCCUAUUGGAGGACAGGUUGAGAGAGUUGGGGUUGUUCAGCCUGGAGAAGAGAAGCCUCUGAGGAGACCUUACAGUGACCUUCCAAUAGCUGAAGGGGCUACAAGAAAGCUGGAGAAGGACUGUUCACAAAGGCUUUACCAUGAGGGUGGUGAGACGCUGGAACAGGUUGCCCAGGGAAGCUGUGGCUGCCCCAUCCCUGGAGGUGUUCAAGGCCAGGUUGGAUGGGCCUUGGGCAGCUUAAUCCAGUGGGAGGUGUCCCUGCCCAUGGCAGGGGUUGGAACUAGGUGAUUUUUAAGGUCCCUUCCAACUCAAUUCUGUGACUCUGGUGGCAUGGCUUAGGGCUAAGGCUUUUCUGUGUUCAUGCCACGUAGCAGCUGAUGAGUCAUGGGGUGAUUGCCUCACCCAGUGCCAACCCUGCCUGCAGUACUGCCUUGUUUUCACUUUCCUUCUCGUAUCUGGGACCUUCCAUGCCUGGGAUCUCCCACGCACCCAGGAUUUCUUGAUUCGAGCAAGUCCAAAUCCUGCUGGGCCGUGGGAAGCAGGGGAGGGGGCUCCAUUAUUGCUGGCUGUGCCACCGUUCUGGCACAAGAAACCCUCUGUGGUGGCAGGAGCUGGCACUAGCACGGCUCGGAGGAGCUGUGCCGAAUGCAAUGGGGCUUUGCUGCCCACACUGCGGACCAGGGUACAGCAGAGCAUGGCAUCACUGUGAGAGAUACUUGCUGGCGUGCCAAUGGCCAGCGAGGAGCGGGGGACAAGCCAGAGGGUCGUGCUGCCUUCCAGAGUGAUCUCACCAGCCUGGAGAAAUGGGCUGAUGCUCUUCAACAGGAAGUGCAAGGUCCUGCACCCGGGGAGGAAGGACCCCAGGCACCAGGAUGAGCUGAGGGGCCACCUCGCUGGAAAGCAGCUCUGCAGAAAAGGCCCUGGAGGUCCUGGUGGGGACCAACUGAAACAAGCCAGAAACAUGCUCUUGUGCCAAAACAAAAAGUCUUCUCCCAAGUAGCAAGUGAUAGGAUGAGAGGAAAUGGCCUUAAGUUGCACCAGGGGAGGGUUAGAUGGGAUAUUGGGAAGAAGUUCUUUACUGAAGGAGUGGUGAGGCACUGGCAGAGGCUGUGCAGGGCAGUGGUGCAGUCUCCAUCCCUAGAGCUAUUACAAACUGUGUAGAUGUGGCACUUUGUGACAUGGUUUAGCAGUCGUGGUAGUGGUGGUGGGCUGUGUGAUCUUAGAAGCUGUUUCCAACCUUUAUGAUUCUAUAAGGUGAGUGGCAUCUGGAAUUGCAUUAGGAAAUGUUUGCAGCAGAGUGAGGGUGGUGAUUCUUCCCCUCUACUCAGCACUGAUGUGGCCACCCCUGGAGUGCUGGGUCCAGUUCUGGGCUCCCCAGUCAUGGACAUACUGGAGAGACUCCAACAAAGGGCUAUGAAGGGUCUGGAGCAUCUCUUCUAAGAGAAAAAGCUAAGAGAGUUCGGGCUGUUCAGCCUGGAGAUGAGAUGGCUCAGGAGCUCCUGGUGGUGCCUACUGAUAGGACAGCAAACAAUGGGCACAACCUGAAACACAUGAAAGUCCAUCUAACUGCAACAGGAGUUUUGGUGUUUUUUUACUAUGAGGGUGGUCAGGCACUGGAAUACGUUGCCCAGAGAGGCUGUGGAGCCUCCAUCCUUGGAGGAAGUUAAACUAGGCAUUGUUGUGGGCAACCUGCUCCUGCUGGAGCAGGGGUUGGACUGCAUGAUGUCCAGAGGUCCCAGCCCACCUCCACGAGAGUGCAUCCAUGUCGGUUUACCUGUCUGUAGGUGUAUUUUCCACAAACUUGUGUUUGAACUUUUCUCGUUUGUGUGGAUUCCUCGAAUUCAGCAGUUUAUUUCUAAACAUGACCAUUAAAAACUGGGUCCCCCCAGAGCAGUGUUCCUCUAUGGCCACAGGAGGCACCAAAAAGUGCAUCUAUGCCUGUUGCUGCCUUACCAUGUAUUUGCAUUUUAGAUGGAAUCGUUGAAUAGUUUGGGUUGGAAGGGAACUUAAAGAUCAUUUAGUUCCAAAAUACGGGUAUUGCCUUAAUUAUGUUUAAUGUUUGGAUGCAUGAAAUGAGAAGCGCAGGGAGGAUGGCUUCGUGUCGCAGGAGGGUGCCUUGGGGGAAGGAUGAGUUUUGCUGAGCAGGGGCAUCAUUCCAGCUGUCAAGAGAUGUCAGUACGUGAUAUUUUGUAUUUAUACAAUACAUAAUAUCCGUGUUUCCAUGCUAAAUGGGGAGGAAACCCCAGCCAGCUCCAGCAGGCAGUUGGGAGGCAGUCCCGCGCGUCUCCCUGCACAACCCCGCAUCCCACCUGGAGAUUUUCUUUGAGUGGAAGAAGAGGCACUUCCACCUUUCUCCUGGUUUUGUAGUGACCCUGAUCCCUCAGGGUGAUAUAUACGGAAAACUCAUGCCUACAGCCUCUCUUGCAGUGCCUCCUCCCUGCCACGGCUGUUGCACUGUGCCUUUCAUGGGGAAACUGAGGCACGAGCUGCCACUGCCUUGAGGCACUGAAACCCUGCUGGCUGCCUGGAGCUCACAGUAUCCGUGGAGCUGUGUUCCUGGGUGUCUCCUGCAGCUUUUGGCGUGGUGCUGGGGUGGGUUGUGCCCAAGCUUCCCCCCACUUGCAGCACCACUUGACGUGGCAUCAGCAUUCCUGUGUCCCGCUCUUUUAGAGCAUGUGCCGAGGGCAUCCUGAGCAUCACCCCACGUCCCGGGAUGCUGGGUGCACUCACUCAGUCUAGACAGUUGGCAGAGCAGGCAGCGGGAGGCGGGUGCUGCCCACACCUGCCGCACCUGGAGCAACGGGAUUCCCUCUGCCACUGCUUUCGCUUUCCUGUUGCCACAAAUGACAGACCGUGGAUUUUCCUGCUAACUUGAAAGCGCAAUCACACCAGGCAGACAAUAUAAAACCCGGGGAGAUGGAGCAGCGAAGCAGCCACAGUGACGGAACAGAGCCUCAGCAGCCCUGUGGAAACACCAACAGGCAGCUCUGCAUCAGACAUAUAGUGGAUCCAGCUCAAAGCUCCUCUGGUUCAUCCUCCCUGGAUUCUUGCAUCGCAGUCCCCUCCACCCAUCAUAACCAGCUCACCGACAGACUCUCACCAGCAAAAUGCUACGGCUCAGCUUCACCCCCCUGCUUGCACUGGUGCUGGGGGCCAGCCUUGGCGCUGCCUUCCCCAUGGACAAAGUGAAGAAGAGCUGCAGCCUCUCCAAGUACCAGUUCCCGGUGCCCCACGAGCUGAAGGCUGUGCAAAAGAUGAAGGAGCAGUUUGAGGAGAUCAUGCUGCUGUCAGAUCGCAAAUGCAACACCAGGCUCUUCCAUCGGAAAUGGAAGAUAGCAGAGCUGUCGGUCCCUGACAGAGUGAUGCUGGUGGAAGCCGAGCUGGACCUCGCCACCACCAUGCUGGAGCUCCCUGCUGACCCCAGGUUCGCUGAGACGCGCCAGCGGCCCCUAACUUUUCUCACCCAAGCCCGGGAAGACCUGCGAGUCUGUAUGUCCAUGGAGUCUCCUUCCCACCAGCCCUCUGGGAAACUGAGACACUGGCUGCAGAAGCUGCAGACAGCCAAGGAAACAGAGACCCCUGGCUGCCUGGAGGCCUCGGCCAUCCUCCAUGUCUUCCAAAUGCUGAAUGACUUGCGGUGUGCAGCCCUCCGACAACAGUGCACUUAGUCUGGCCCAGCUUGGUGCUUGCCAGCCCCAAAGGAUGUCCUGAAGACCUGGGGAAAAAAGACUUUUAUUGCAUCCCUGGGCUGCAUUUCCUAUUUAAGCCUUUUUCUUUAUGUGAGCUCAGGGAGACUUUUCCCCCCACAAUCUUUUUAAUUAUUGUGUAUUUAUAGCUCAGGAAGAGGUAAGAAAAUGCCAUUCCUGAAAGAUUCUGUGCAAUGGCGAUGAAGGUUUAAUAUUUAUUAGAUGUCUGUGUUUUGCUGGAUUACAAAACACUGGCUAUUUAUAAGGAAUUCUAUUUUUGUACCUGCUAUUUAUUACAGACUGGAUUAUGUACUUUUGCCUGGAUAAAUUAUUUUUUACAUGCUAUUUAACACGAAAAAUAAAAUAGGUACCAUAAACAAGCUGUUGUGUGUUUUUACUACACUUAGCUAUGAUGCUGUCCCUUCGGAAAGGUGAGUUGGUGGGGAGGGAGUAAGGAAACAGGUGAAAUCUGAGCGUUUGAAUGAGCAGGAUGAGCUUGUGUUCAUCCUCAGCCAUCUGGGGGUGCACCCUAACUGCCCCCCAGGCUUUGCCCUUGGGGACAGGGGGUGCUGUUGUGGCCAGGACUGUCCCUGCACCCUCAGAGACAGGAGCCUCCUGGAUGGAUGCCCAUGUUGGGUGGCACAAACCAGGGCAUGAAGCCUGGAGAAGCC